AUGCCCCCCUUCCCCCACCUCCCCCAAGCAAAAAAGCCAACCAGAGCCAAAGUCAAACCCAGACAAUGGGUGCUUUUUCCGACUGUGACAAAUGAAAAAACACCCAUAAGCCCUCUCAAAAAAAUUGGCUUGCAACCGAAAUGUACGCCGUGA